GUUGGACAUGUAUUGCUGUCCUCCCGACAGAAGAGGGCGCACUGCAGCUCGACGGAACUGGUGUCAAAUUUCGUCGAAGACUAAAAUCUGCACAUAAACAGGAAGAGAGUACGAGUUCUAUCUUUUACUCUACUUCACUUCUAUACUUUGAUGAAGACUGAGCAGUUGUAAGUGAUCAUCAUGGGCAAGAGCUGCAAGGUGGUGGUGUGUGGCCAGGGAUCAGUGGGAAAAACCGCAGUUCUGGAGCAGUUACUGUACGCCAACCAUGUUGCAGGUUCAGAGACCAUGGAGACACUGGAGGACAUUUACAUCGGGUCUGUGGAAACGGACCGCGGCACCCGAGAACAGGUGCGGUUUUACGACACGCGCGGGCUGCGUGAUGGUCAGGAGUUCCCGCGGCACUACUUCACUUUCGCGGAUGGAUUCGUGCUCGUCUACAGCAUCGACAGCAGAGAGUCGUUUAAACGCGUAGAGGCACUGAAGAAAGAGAUCGACCGCUGCCGUGAUAAAAAAGAGGUGACUAUUGUUGUUGUGGGUAAUAAGUUGGACCUGCAGGAUCAGAGGAGAGUGGACAGCGAGGCGGCUCAACAGUGGGCGCGGCAGGAGAAGGUCAGGCUGUGGGAGGUCUCUGUGACCGACAGACGAACGCUCAUUGAGCCCUUCGUCCAUCUGGCCAGCAAAAUGACUCAACCUCAGAGCAAAUCCACCUUCCCGCUCAGCCGCAACAAGAACAAGGGCAGUGGAUCCCUGGACAGCUAGAGAUCAAGAAGAUGGCAAUAGAGCUGACAGAAUAACGCAAAGAUAUGUUAGAAGUGAGAUGCGAGGCAAAUCUCUAAAGACGCUCAAUUUUAUAUCUUUCGAAACAUUUUAACUUGGAGUGCCAUUAUAAGCUGUAUGUGCUCAGCACACUGAAGUUACUGCAUUAAUGAAGUUUUAUAUUGAUAAACAAAUAUAGAGUUCAUAUGUUGCUGUGCGAUAUUUAUCUCAUGCUUAUCUUGAAACAAUUGACUGACAAAACAAAAUACUUUUACACUGAAAAAUAUAUACCUCUACAUUGCAAAAAAAUUGUUACAUCCUAUGUGAAAGCAGCUAGGACGAUUGGUCUUGUUCAGUUCAGAUGUGUGUUUUUUAAAGAGCCAUGAUGACUGCUAUUUUUGUGACACCAACUUGACAGAAGAAUGUCUUAAUUUAGUUAAUGCAGACUGCAUGGAUGUUUUACUUAUUUUGUGCGAGACAACACAUUCCUAUUUGUUAAAAAUGUUUACUGAUUUAUUCCUUAAGAAUGUAAGUAAGUCUCCACAAGUGAAAUUUUAUCCAUGUGUUUGUUUGAUUGUGUAUGAGUGAGAGAAGUAUCACCACUGUGCCAUCAUAUUUUUUGGCCUCAUGACACCAUGUGACACUCAUUGUAUAAUGUUCGCUUUCAGUUGAAGCUGUUCUGUGGAAAAAAAAAAAAACAUGAUUUUACUCUUAUUUUUAGCAGAGAUUGCUUUCAAAUAUAUUUUGAUGUGUUUAAAAGCAUCAUAAAGCAUUUUUGUCUGAAAAUAAAUACUGUAUGAGCAGCUUUUCAACAUCUUAAUAAAGAUGCUUGCUUGGAA